AUGAAAAAUGGACUUGCCCCGUGUAAGAGAGAGACACACGUUCUGAAAGAGAGGGGCUAGCUACUACCAUGAAAAAGAAACGUACCACCGCGAAAGUGGAACGCACCGCUGUGAAAGAGAUAGACGUUUCUGGAUUUAACAGGCCUCCGUAAAAUAACACUUGUAUAGUCACGUACAUAAUCACGACAACCUUCUCGACUGCAGAAUAUUUAUAAAGGUGUCCCGGUUCCAGAAAGUCAUUCCAUUGUUCAUCAUUCAUCUACGUCAACGAUCUUCAGUUCUAACAACAAACUGCAGUCAACGAUUAGCACAAAUAUGAAGGUGUACGCCAUUCUGACUUUUCUUGCGUGUGCUGGAUGUGUCUUCCAGUCUACCAUUGCUGCUCAAAACCCGGCUUGCCUGGACCCAAUCAUAACAGGCCCUUGCAUGGCUUACUUUCCAAGUUUCGGUUAUAAUCAAGACACACACUCGUGCGAAAGCUUCAUCUACGGGGGUUGCUGGGGCAACGCCAACCGUUUUCAAACCAUGGAGGCUUGUAGGACUAGCUGCGAAGACCCGGGUUGCCUGGACCCAAUCAUAACAGGCCCUUGCAUGGCUUACUUUCCAAGUUUCGGUUAUAAUCAAGACACACACUCGUGCGAAAGCUUCAUCUACGGGGGUUGCUUGGGCAACGCCAACCGUUUUGAAACCAUGGAGGCUUGUAGGAAUAGCUGCGAAGACCCGGGUUGCCUGGACCCAAUCAUAACAGGCCCUUGCAUGGCUUACUUUCCAAGUUUCGGUUAUAAUCAAGACACACAAUCGUGCGAAAGCUUCAUCUACGGGGGUUGCUUGGGCAACGCCAACCGUUUUGAAACCAUGGAGGCUUGUAGGAAUAGCUGCGAAGAUCCGGGUUGCCUGGACCCAAUCAUAACAGGCCCUUGCAUGGCUUACUUUCCAAGUUUCGGUUAUAAUCAAGACACACACUCGUGCGAAAGCUUCAUCUACGGGGGUUGCUGGGGCAACGGCAACCGUUUUGAAACCAUGGAGGCUUGUAGGACUAGCUGCGAAGACUCGGCUUGCCUGGACCCAAUCAUAACAGGCCCUUGCAUGGCUUACUUUCCAAGUUUCGGUUAUAAUCAAGACACACAAUCGUGCGAACGCUUCAUCUACGGGGGUUGCCAGGGCAACGGCAACCGUUUUGAAACCAUGGAGGCUUGUAGGACUAGCUGCGAAGAUUAACUUCAGCCAGUGAGCUGACGUCUCUCUCAUCAGAAAGGACCCUGUGUCCAUGUUCAGUAUGGUAUCAUAAUGGACUGCUAAGAUAGAGAAAGUACAUAAAAUAAAAAUAUUCACAGAAGCUAAGUGGAAUACCCAUUGUUGUGGGUCUAUUAUCAUGAUAAUGAUUUCAUUUAUUUCUCUCUCUCUCUCUCUCUUAUAAGCUUGUUUACGGGAAACGUUAUCAUGCAUGUCAUUGUAGUUUAAAUGUUAUUCCCUCAUACAUUUGUUUGGGUUUAUAGGAUACUGGUUAUUAUUGGUAUUGUUCAUUCUGCUUUGCAUUCAGUUAAUAUGUUUUCUGUUAAGAGUGUUUACGUGUGGACCCGUGCAUCCAGUCGGUCAAAUAUUGAUUGCAGCAGUGGCGUAAAUCUGUGCCAGGGACAAGAGGGGUGGGGGAUGACUGAAAUAAAACUGAGCACGUGAUUCAAUUCACAGGGUGCCUUUGUUUUAUUUAUAGAUCUCCAUAACGAGACCCAAUAUAGAAAGCGCCCGCUGGACAGGUUGGUCAAAAUCUAGAGGUGGUUGUCUUGCAUAAUUAAUCAGUAAAUCGGCUCACAUACAUAGAUAACGCCCC